GCGUUGACAGCGUAAAUAUCAGUCCCGAGCAGAGAGAGCGAGCGCGUCAGAUCUUUAACAACUUCAGCGCGCGAAUUUUCAGACGUUGAAUUCUUCAAGUGGAGAAAGACACAGACAGGAGUUGGUCGUGGCCAUGGAGUUGAAUUCAGUGCUUUUGACGGCGGGUGGCUCUAUUGGAUUUUUUAAACUUGUCAAUUGUGGUGUCAGUAAACUCCCUAUACCCGAGUCUGCGUGCAGAAACGCCUGGAAAUGGAGAAAUGUAUGCACAUCUUUGACACACAGUCUGAUAACUGGGAUAUGGGCUGUACUGUGUUUUUUCGUACACCCACAGAUGGCGGAAGAUUUGAUAGGAACCCAUUCUGUGUUCUCGCAUGCGUUGGUUUCUGUAUCAAUCGGUUACUUCAUCUAUGACUUCCUUGAUAUGGUGCUCAACCAGAAGAUGAUCCUGUCAUGGGAGCUCCUAUUCCAUCACACAGUGGUGAUCAGCUGUUUUGGCAUCGCUGUCCUGACCGGUCGCUACGUUGGCUUUGCUGUGGUGGCCCUCCUGGUUGAGAUCAACUCUGUGUUCCUCCACCUGCGCCAGAUCUUACGCAUGGCCAGCCUAGCAGCGGGCGACCUCUACCGCAUCAACAGCAUGGUCAACCUAGGUACCUACGUGGUGUUCCGGAUCAACACCCUGGCCUGGAUGACCCGCUGGCUGGUCCUGAACCGGGACAACGUCCCCCUGUUCAGCUACACAGCUGGGAGUGUAGGGCUUGCCAUCAUGACCGCCAUGAAUAUAGUCCUCUUCUACCGCCUGCUGAGGUCUGACUUCCUCAAGAGUAGUGCACCCAUGCCCACAGAGGUUAAAGAGAGUAGAGGGCAAGGAGAGGGAAAGAAGGAGACGUAGUGUGGGAUAAUCUCUCUCCUGUUUUGGGGUACAGGCAUUUACAAUUCACACAAGUCCAUUGAAUGAUAGCCAAAAAUACACGUAUGUAUAAAA